AUGGCGAGCUCGUGGCGCAACAUCCAGGACGAGGACGACGAUGAAGAGGAGGAAUUCCGACCCGAGGUGCGCCCCACCUCGACAAUCACCUCGAACCCCCGCGGCGGCUCGGAGAACCCGAGAGCCCCGCCAGAUCCCGACCCGAACGACGCGCGCCCCCGAGGAGGGGUGCCAACCUUCCUCCCUCCAUCGUCCGACGACCGCGGGCUGACCGAACGACCCCCUCCCGCGCCCCAACCUCCGCAGUCGGACCGCGAGUCCAUCGUGUUCCUCAUCGACGCGUCCCCCGCCAUGUUCCUCCCGGCGCCCGCGAGCAUCGCCGCGAGCGGCGACAACCGCGUCGCGACGCACACGACCGCGGGGGGAUCGUCCAGAUCUUUCGUCGACGUCGCCGUGGACUGCGCGCGAUCCGUGCUCCGCUCGCGCAUCGUGUCCACCCCGAACGACCGCCAGGGCGUCGCCUUCUUCGCCACGACGAACGCGCGCGGAACCGCCGACGACGCCGGCGCGGGCGCGGGCGGGGGCGCGCGCGAGAACGUCUGGGUCGAGCAACGCAUGAACGUCCCCUCCGCGCGACGCAUACAGGAUCUUGCCGACCUGGUGGGCGCGGACGGAAACCGGCGACUCCGGGAAAAGAUCGGCGUCGAGGGUGGGGAAGAAAACACCGAUGGCGGCGGCGACGGGAAUCGAACCCGCGACGGCGUGGCAUCGUACUACGACGCCCUCCUCCGAGCGCACCACGUCGCGAGGGAGAUGCUCAACGACCACGCGCCGGGAGCCAAGGUUCGAAAAAGGCUCCUGCUCUUCACCAACCGCGACGCGCCCCUCGCGGGGGGGACGGGGGAGGACGGACGCGAGCUCAUCAGCGCGUGGCGGGAGUUCCGCGACGUGCACAGGAUCGACGUCACGCUGUACUCGCUCCCGUACACAGCUGGCGGCGGCGACGGGUACAGCGACUUUGACCCAGCCGUCUUUUACGAAAAUCUCACCGCGCGCGACGACGACGACGACGACGAAGGACGAGGCGCGAACCCCGACGACAGAAACCCCGAGCCGUCGGGGCGCGAGCUCGUGCCGUACGCCGGCGGCCACGAGCUCGUCGCCUGCUCCGCCGAUCGCAUCGACGGCCUCUCCGCGACGUUUCAAAAAAAAUCGCGAAAGCGUCGACGCGUGCGCACCGCUUCGCUUCGAUUCGGAUCCGACGAAAACGACGCCAUCGCCGUCGCGCUCUUCGCCCCCGCCGCGGAGGCUAAGAAGCCCAAGGCGGUGAACGUCCACGCCAAGGACCUCACGGAGUUGCACGCGGAGACGAGGCACAUCGCGAGCGCCGACGGCGCUUACGUGAGCCGAGAAAAUCUCACCCGCCGAUUCGUCGACCUCGGCGACUCGGCCGGGCGGGCGAUACUCACCCCGGCGGACGUCGCCGACGCCAGGCGGGCGUGCGAUCGCGAGGGUAUCCAUCUGCUGGGGUUCCGGCCGCGUGGCGCGAUCGGGCGGUGGGCUCGGACGUCCAAGCCGGCGAGGCUGAUGGUUCCCGAGGAGGAGUCGCGUCAGGCGGGUUCGACGGCGGCGUUUACCGCGCUUUGCGAGGCGAUGGUCGCCAAGGACCGCGUCGCGAUCGCGGCGUACGCGCGAACGGACGAUAGGUUCGCGGGCGUUCGAUGCGUCGCGCUCGUGCCCUGCGUCGAGGCGGCGGAGGCGGCGGACGACGACGACGACGACGACGACGACGCGAACGAUUUGAAAAUCAUCGGUUUGCACGUCGUCGACUUGCCGUAUCUGGACGAUGUGCGGCAUCCGGAGCUGGCGCACGCCACCGGCGGCGUCGUCGCGGGGCCGGACGCGAUCGCCGCGGCCGAGGCUGCGAUCGAGGCGAACCGCGUCGACCACUACUCCCCGCUCGACGUCCCGAACCCGAGCCUGAGUCGGCACUACCGAGCGCUUGAGAUUCAGGCGCUGGAUCGCGCGUGGACGGAAUCGGACGAGUUGGAGGCUGGUGACGUGACCAAGCCCCCGGACGCGGCCGAGCUGGAGAAGCUUGGGAUCAAGGAGAAGAUGAUCGCGUUCAAGGCGGCCGUGUACGGGACGAACCACGACGCGGAGGCUCUGGAAGACGCCGCGGCUGGUCCGGGCGUGAAGAGGAGCGGCGCCGGAGCCGGCAAGCUCGGCUCCGGGCUCGGGCAGACGCUCGCCGACAUCGACUUCAGGGCGCUGGCGGCGGCGAACGAUCUCGAGAGGGUGACGGUGGCGAAGCUGAAGGAGUUCUGCGCCGCGAACGGGCUCGCGGUGGGCGGCGCGAAGGCUGCGCUGUGCGAGCGAAUCAAGGACCACCUCCUCGGAUAG